AUGGUUAUUCCUAGUAGUUUAGUUGUGGAGUCAGGACAGGUGACAAUGUUGUUGUUUGAGGAGAUUGUGAAGUUUAGUGGAGAGACACGUUUGAAGGAGCAGAGAACAAGAUCACUGCCUUUGCUGAAUAGAGAGGUGUUACAGAUGAGGAGGAGCUAUUUCAGAGUACUCGUAGAACAGUUUGAAGUGCAAUUACAGCAGUACCGACACCAGAUAGAGGAACUUGAAAAUCAUAUUGCAAUACAGGCAAACAGUUCUUACAUUGCUCCUCAAGACUUAUCUUUGGCAAUGCAGAAGCUUUAUCAGACCUUUGUGGCUUUAGCAGCUCAGCUUCAGUCCAUACACGAAAAUGUGAAGAUCCUGAGAGAGCAGUAUCUUGGAUACCGUAAGGCCUUUCUUGGAGAUUCUGUUGAUGUAUUUGAGGCAAGACGAUCAGAGAGCAAGAAAUGGCAAAGUGCUCCUCGUAUCACCACAGGGCCCACUCCUUUCAACAGUAUACCUAAUGCAGCAGCUGUUGCCAUGGCUGCCACUCUUACACAGCAGCAACAGUCUUCUACAGGGCCACAGCCAUCUCUGGGAGCUAGUUUUACGACAGCAUUCGGCUCAGGUAUUGGCACUGGCUUGCAGUCAAGUGGCAUAGGUUCUUCAAGCCUUGGAGGUUUUGGCAGCACCUCAACAACUGGUUUUAACUUCAGUGACCCUGGUCUCACAACAUCAGCAGGCCUCACGUUUGGAAUUUCUAAUCCAGCAUCAACUGGUUUUGGAACAGGAGGACCACUUUUGCAACUGAAGAAGCCACCAGUUGGAAACAAGAGAGGAAAAAGAUAGUGCAUUUAAAAAAAUGAAAAUAAGUUCAUUCACUUGUACUGUUUUUUUUUUUCUAGCUUUGUCAGUAAAGCGAAGUGAUGCACAUAUGAUAAAAUUUGAAAAUCUUAUAAUGAAUAAUAGUAAAAAUGCACUGAAAAACCUUA